AUGGCAACGCAGCUCCGGCCCCGGCUAGGGCGUAGUAUCGCAGCACCUUUCUUGGUGAAGGUGUUUGAUCUCUUGAAGGAAUUGUUGGAGCCGGAGCUCAUUGAGCAUUCAGAGUCCGAGUGGACAUCACCUAUUGUGAUUGUGCUGAAGAAAAACGGCGUAGACAUCAGGAUUUGUAUUGACUACCGACUUCUGAAUUUGUUCAUCAAACUAUCCCGCUAUCCUCUACCUUUGAUCGAUAACCUGCUGUUAGCCUUUAAAUCCGCGAUGUGGGUCAUGAGUCUCGACAUGGCGAGUGGAUUCUGGGCGGUGGGAAUGGCUGAACGUGCGAAGUUGAUCUCUGCGUUCGUCUGCCCGUCCGGUCACUUUCAAUGGCCCAGAAAUCCUUUUGGAUUAAAGAAUGCACCGUUAAUUUAUCAGAGCAUCAUCAACAAGUGUCUGUGGGGAUUCGCCCGGUUACCUCCUGAACAGGAAGCGAUGGUUGACCCAGAAGUUCUAGAGUUCCUGGAUCUCGAGCCUCAAGAAACUCUGAUACCCGAAGUGGAUAUGAGGGAUUCAGAGAUUCCAUCGUUGGACAUGACUGUAUUCCGACGCAAUAUCCUGGCUCCAUCACAAAUGGGUCCGGUCUUAGGAAGAAGCUCGUAUAUUGACGAUAUCGCUCAUGAGGCGUCGACCUGGGACAAACUAUGUGAGGAUCUGGACGCGUUGUUAUACAGACUGCGAUACUGGAAUAUCUCUGUAAGCUUACCAAAAAGUGAAUUCGGAACGUUGGCCAUCCCAUUCCUUUCUCAUGAAGUGAGUGCGGACAGAAUCAGAGCAUUACCGAAGAUUGUCAAAGACAUAGAGGACUUACCUUUCCCAUCAACGUACAAGGGGGUACAGUCCUUCUUAGGAAGUCUGAAUUACUACAAUAAGUUUAUUGAAGACUUACCCGUAGUUGCCGCUGUGCUCUAUCAACUGGACGAAGAACGUGUACGUGCUGGACGGAACCUGGAAGCAGCGAAAGGGUCCUUCGAGAUACUGAAACGUAAACCCGUGUCGAUCCCACUGCUGCGGCAUCCAGACAGAGCCAAGUCUCUCGUGAUUAUUCCGCAGGCUAACCCGUGGGCGGCGUGUGCAGUUUUGGGUCAGGAGCAUGAAGGACGCAUACACCCAGUACGAUUUACUGGCAGAGUGUUGAAGGAAGCAGAGCUACGUUACCACAUAGCUGAGAAGGAAGUGCUCGCAAUCUUGCGGACUCUGGAAUCUAACACCGCAGAUGGACGACACCUGAAGUGGGGGAUGGAACUAUCAAGAUGGACGCUGGAAAUUCAUCGGACUCAGAAAGAUGAGGACGGCCUUCCGGCCAUCCUUGGGUCCGGUAUCACUCCCAGAGAAAAUUUCGAUAAAGUUGCAGAAACCCUGAUUCCCGCCAAGGGGCGUCUGAAAGUGAUGCCACCAGUGAGUCUGGAAAUUUUGGACGUGAAUUAUCAAGGCUAUGUUCUGAGUAUUGAUGGCGCUGCGAAGGCUGAAGGACACAUCCUAGAAGGUGUGACGGUCAACGAUGCUGAAUAUCAUGGUUUGAUUCUGGGACUAAAUCGCGCUAUAAAGCAUGACGUCAAGGCGAUUGUGGCAGUUGGUGAUUCCCUAAUCGUCAUUCAACAAGCUCAGGGCCUGAUUAAUUGCAAUCAGCCCAAUUUGCAACGACGCUUCGUUAAGUAUGAGGACCUCAGGAAGUAUUUUGUGUCUGUGAAAUUGAUUUAUGUUAAACGUGAAUUUAAGCAAGCGGCCGACUACUUGACCUCUAAGGCUCUCGUGCUCGGAGAAUUCUGGGAGCUCGAUGACCCCGAUGGGAUAGUGCAUCUAGAUCUCGUAUCCAGAAUCCCUGAAAAGAUCAUGAAGCCUUCGGAAAUCUCAGGUACCCCUGCGAUUGAUGUGGCUAGUUUGGACCAAGUCGGACUGGGAGCGCGUAACCCCUAUACCGCAAUACCUGAGUCUUUAGCUGCUGCUGCUGAGGCACAGAUCGUGAUGACAAGAUCACGCGCGGAAGCGGACACAGGUUCCCGAUCACCUGUAGACCUCUCUGGAUACCAGGAUGAACGUUGGAGGAGGAUAAAGGUUCACCAAGACGAAGAUCUGUGGAUUCAGCAUAUGAAGAAGGUUCUAAAAGGAGAUGUGUCAGACCUUCCCCGUAAACCCGUGAAGAAGAUUGCGAAGGUCUCCGAUCGGUUUGUGUUGGAUUCACGAGAACCCCUCUACAGACUGAGUACACCAACCCCUAAAGGGCCCCGCAACAAACGGUCCGAACUCAGACUGGUGGUCCCAGAGACUUUACGGGCUGACAUGUUACACUACUCGCAUGAAGACUUUCAAGGCGGUCACCAAGGAAUCAACCGAACAUUGGAGCGUUUACGUUCAGGAUUCUACUGGAUCGGGAUGUACGCCGACGUCCAGCAGUUUGUGAGGGAGUGCAUGGAUUGUGUGUCACCCAAGGGGCGACCACCGGUCCUUGGCCCGUCACCUGGCAAUAUCGAACCAAGGUAUCCGUUCGAGUUGGUCUCUAUGGAUUUCGUCACUGGGCUACCUGAGUCCAAUCGUGGAAAUACAUACUUGUUGCUGGUCCAAGAUCAAUUCUCACGAUACGUCAUGUGCAAACUAUCGAAUACCGAAGCACAAGAUGUCGCUAAGGGAUAG